AGCAGUUUUGGCGCAAGCCUCUUUCGUAAGCGAACGGUUUGGCUUGUCUUGCCUCCCCGCGCUCGUGCAGCAUUCCCCAGGCUUUCUCCGAUGGCGGUGCCAGCGAUCGAUGAAUCCUGGCGCCAAGACCCGAUACUGGUGGGUGACGCGGCGCCACCGGUCGGAAUGAAUCUCCAACGUUGCGUACCACCGACGCUCGGCGUCAUCGUGCACGAGCCAAUGUACUCUCGCAAGGUUGGCGUCGUGAGGGCCCGCACACCACAUCCCGAGAAUCUGAACGGCCUGCAGCGCGUGGCGGGGGCACCCGCGAGGCCAAUCGCCUCGCAUGGCCUCGUCGGCGCAGAGCUGGCUGGCCCAGAGUUCGUGGUGGGGGCGCCCGCGAAGCCCGCUUCCUCGCGCGGCCCUGACAGUGCUCGUGCACGUGUGCACGGGGCAGGCCUGGCGGGGUCCGCGGCCCUGAGAGGUGCAAUCGGGGCAGCGGUGGUGUCUCUGCGCCGGAAGCUGAGCGGCAAGUCCUCAUCUCAGAAUUUCUCCGAGAUGGAAGAGGCCUGGCCAGUGGCGCCGGCUUCGCCACCACGGGCCAGGUUCAGUUUCAGAGCUCGGUCGUAUGUCGAGGCGCGUGCACAGCAAGACCAUCUGCGCCUGAGAGCCGGUACUGCGUAGCUGAUGUUUGUCUUCAUGCCCCAAAAGGAAAACGCGUUGCCGCUGUGCAGAAACCAUCUGCGUUUAAGGAGAAUGAUGGGAUCGCCCUGCCAGCAGGUGCCCAGAAUGAGGGGUAAGGAG